AUGAGAGUCCUGGUGACCGGCGGAAGUGGCUUUGUCGCGUCUCACUGUCCAGAAGGCAGAUCACUGGUCGAGAGCUUCGCUGGCAUCCCCGACAAGCGUCUCUCCUUUGUGAUCGUCGAAGACAUUGCGGUUCCUGGCGCUUUCGAUGAUGCAGUAGAUCAGGAGCCUCCACUGGAUGCCGUUCUACAUACUGCCAGUCCUUUCCGCUUCGACAUUGCCGAUCUCAAGAAGGACCUAAUCGAUCCCGCAAUCAUGGGAACAGAGGGCCUCUUGCGUUCGGUGAUGCUGAAGGGCAAAUCAGUCCGGCGGGUAGUCAUCACGUCCUCCUUCGCGGCGAUGAGUAGGGACGGCAAUCACCCAGAGGUGUACAACGAGUCGCACUGGAGCGGACUGACGAUGGAUCAGGCCUUGAGUGGACACCCGUUCACGGCCUAUAAGGCCAGUAAGCAGUUUGCUGAAGAGGCAGCAUGGGCUUUCAUGAAAAGCGAGCGGUCACACUUCGAGCUCACCACACUUACGCCACCUGUUGUGUUUGGACCGAUUCUUCAUACGCCGGACGCCUCAAUUCAGUCAAUACGUCCAGUCAGGGUGUGCUCGCACUUGUCCGCGGAGAACGCAAAGGUGGUAUGGAGCCGUCGCCUCUCGUCCUAUGGGUUGACGUACGGGACUUAG